AUGAAUACCCGUACGAAAUGCGUGGAAUUCAAAGAGGCUUCCCUUCUUCAAAAGUCCGACCGUGGAAGUGGCGCAUCCAUCAGCAAGGCUCAAGAUUUCGUGCGUGCAUUUUGUCUUGGGUUUGAGAUAGAUGACGCACUUGCUAUUCUGCGCAUGGAUGAUCUAUACAUAGAUUCGUUUGAGAAUCUUCAUGGUGACCACUUAUCAAGAGCCAUAGGAAGACUUGCCGGUAAAGAUGGGAAGACAAAAUUUGCCAUCGAAAAUGCUACCCGAACCAGAAUAGUAAUCGCUGAUUCUAAAGUGCAUCUUCUUGGUGCAGUCCAGAACAUUCGCCUGGCUAAAGAUGCCCUCGUCCGGUUGGUGAUUGGAUCGCCACCAGGAAAAGUUUAUGCACAUUUGCGGAGUGUAGCCUCUCGGCUUAAAGAAAGAAUCGGACCGUUUUUUGCACAAACGCGAUUUACUCCACUUUUGCAGUUUAUUUUGCCAACCUUGCAUGCUUCUGAGCCGAGCAUUGCUUUGAGCAUCGGUAACUUUUUAUAA